AUGUUUGGGUCCUUGGAGUUUUCGAGGAAGGCUCGUUCAGGAGGCCUUGAUCGAGGUUCCGUAGACGACGAAGAUAAUCGUGUACGGAUUGCCUGGCCUCCUGCCGGCACUCUAAGAAUUUCUGCCUUUGCAUCAUAUGAAAUCAGGGGGGAAGAUGUAGUCAAAUUGUUGCUCACAGAACUCGAUACUUCCCUAACAUUCGUAGGCUUUGGGCAGUGUGGAUGCAUUAGCUUCACCAGAGUUCAAUUUGGCCCUAUACUCGGCCAUGAAAUCCACCCCAAAGUCAUUGGAUGGUCGAGCACUCCCAACGCUGUUGAUGGGGUGACUAAUUUUGGUGCGGGAGUAAAGUCCCCGCUUUCCGAUGAUUUUGAUGACGGUUCACUUGGGUCAGGGUCUCCUGGGUCCCUACCCAUCAUAGCUUUCUUCACUGAACUGUUCGGGGGUAGUACUGAGGAUGCCCGUUGUCCCGGGCGUCACCGUCUCUUUUACUGGGGCUUGAGUAUUAACUAUCGGGGCUCUAUAGGCCUCGCUUACUCGUUUUCGGGCCUCCUCUUCCCGGACUUGACUCUGUAUUAUGAGGGUUUCGAGUUCCCUUACCCGCUCCUCCCUGGCUCUGUAUUGUCUCAGGUACAAAUUUUGCAAUUGGAUCGACAACCGCUUGUUGUCGUCAUCCCAAAUAUUGGCGAGGGAUUCAUCCGGGUCGUCUGA